UAAAGCUACAGUUUAGCCACAGCUUGUCAGAAAAACAUAAGUUAAAGUCCCUCCUUGUUGAAUAAUUAACUUUAAUACUGUACAUUCAAAAGAACCGAAAAUGAAAGCUAGCACAGGAAAAACAUACUUGGAAACCAGAAGGCAAUAUUUUGUUUUCGCUUGAACACCGAAACUUUGGGAUUUAGGAGAGUUAAAAAAGAAAGAAAGAAAAGGAAACUGGCAGAGCAGCUCCACUCUUCUUUGCAGGGAGGAAGCGGCGAGUGGCUUGCCAGGGACCAGGAUUGCCAUAAGCCUGAAAUGACUUGAAGGUACACAACAACAACAACACUUGAUGUGAGAGUGAUCUGGCUGCGACAUCUGUCACCCGAUUGAUCUCCAGGGUUGAUUCGGCUGAUCUGGCUGGCUAGGCGUGUGUCCCCUUCCUCCCUCAUCGCUCCAUGUGCGUCCCUCUUGAAGCUGCGCGCUCGGUAGAAGAGGACAACGUCCCAGGUAUAGAAGGAGUGUACUGAGGUCUUCAGUGUUCGGUCCUAGCUGAAGAAUUGUCUUAAAGCUGUUCAUGGAACUAUAGCAAUAUUUCAGCAUUUUCCAGAUGGCAUUCCUCCAAAUCAUUCAUCUGGGCUUGAUAAUACUGAAUAUAAGGAGUUUUGGUUGUGCAUUUGCAAAUUUCUCAUGUGAGAAAAAUAAUGGAGAAUAUGGAAAAAACACUAAUAUUACUUGCAGGAGCAACAAAGCUAUUACUAAUGUCACAGUGACAUUCUGCCCUUACAAUAAUUGCAGCUGUCAUGGUGAUCCUGAAAUCAACACACUUGAGGGAAAGAAUACUUCUGCUGAUGGAAGAAUUUCACUGAAGUUGGACAAUUUUGCCAUCCUAACUUUCAACAGUAUACAAAUAUCAGAUGGGAGAUGUUAUUAUUUUUUUCUUAACUCUUCCAAUGGAUUCAAUUUUCAGAGCAUCAGUUUAACUGUUGUUGCACCCUAUACUAAACCGCAGCUCAUAAGGAAGAAGGACACUGUUGAAUGCACAGCAACUGGAGGGUUUCCAGAUAAGCACCUUUAUUGGUUUGAUACCCAUGAAACCAACCUAACUCAUAAUGCAACAUUUAUAUCUACACAAUAUGUGAAUGGGUUAUUCUUUCUCAACAGUUCUCUCCACCUGAAUUAUCUUGCCAAUGAAAGGAUAUAUUGUUGUACUCUCAACAAUACAAGUUGUAAUUCAUUCCAAAAUUGUGCUUGUUUGACCCUGGAAAAGAUUACAUCUUCCAAGUCUGUAUCAGAAAACACUUCAAGAAACUCUGCUCCGAUUGUAGUGAUUGUGGUACCUGCUGCUGCUGCUGCUGCUGUUGCUGUUGCAGUUUAUUUCCUCAGAAAAAAGAGAGUUCCAGAAUACUUCCUAUUAGGGAUGUCCAACAUGCAAUGGGGAAAGAAUGAAGAUAAAAUAUUUACGGAUUGGAUAGAGAAAAUAUGGGAUAUAAUGAAUAUGGACCAAUUAACCUUUCUACUAUCAAGAACACAUAAUAAACCAAAGACGAUGACAGACUGGACACCGGUAUUUUGCAAGUUUUUGUUCCUGUCAAAAGAGAACCAGUGCCAGGGGAAUGUUUCUGAGUCAGAAAACCAAAAUAAACCAAAACAAAAAGGGGAAAAGUCAGAUCAAUUAUGAACAAAGGACAUGAAAAUCCCAACCAAAAAAAUAUCUGAGCCUUCUUUUUGGCUUUUUCAUUUUUAAUACAAGAAGGACUUUCAGUUGGCAAGAAGAAAGGACAAAUUUGAGUCUUGGACAUGUUUUGGAUUCAGCUUUAAAUUUCCUUGAACAGUUCUUUGUAGAGCAACUUUGAUACACUCCUGAUGAUAUUGCUGAAGCUUGGUCAUCUCUAGAUUUUCUAGGAUGGUAGUUGCUAGGGAUGUGUGAUCGAUAAAAAAUGUUUCAGAAGUCAUUACAAAAUGGUGGGUGCUGGUGCUUCGUUUCUAAAAUGUUUCUAAAGUAUCAUUAGUGAAAAAUGCAUUACUGUAAUGAGAGUAACAAAAUUUCGUUACUAUUUUGUUACAGUAAUUGAGCAUAAUUACUAUAAUUGGGGAAACUUCAGGGCUUCUUUCUCUCUCAUUUUACAGCUAUUGAGGUGAAUGGUAGAACACAUUUACCACUGUUAGCACACCAAAUUUCAGAAUGUUUUACUUAUCCAUGGAGUUUUGGCAAAUUUUCAAAGUUUUUAUAAACAACAUUUUUUUAAUAAUAAAGAAAAUCUGUUCCUGGUUUGAAAGUGUUAUUUCCUGUUUAAUGGUAUAAUCCUUCCUUUGAAAGUAGUUCUACUCCAGGAACUUUGUUUUUGUGGCACAGACUUCAUGACAUUGGUGGAGACACAAUGAGAUACUAUAGUUAAAUAUGCUAUAUCACGAUGUCCCUCCCACAAAGACAAAGGUUUUUGCAGUUUUAUAAACUUUUCCCACGUUUCUAUAAUAGGACCAAUUAGGAAAUGACAUUUAUAACCCAGGAACAAAAAUCAUUGUAAAUACUCCAUUAGGUGUCAUCUAGAGCAACCCCCUUCUUCCAGACAGAAGGGCACUAUCCAAACUCUCCUGUUGAAUUGGAAGGGGCCCCCAGGAGACAUUCAUUUAGGGAUUUGCUUACUUACUAGAGAAGUAUGAGUCAGUCCUCCUCUUUUCAGCUGGCUGCUGUUAGGGAGGGACAAAUCUCUCUCUCCAUUAUCCUAAUUGAUGCUUUCUAAUGCUGAUGAAUUUAGUAUUUAUGGAAUGGUGCUCACUCAGCCAGAAAACUCCAGGGGAGGGUGGGCAAAACAUGGCUUGCAGGUUUCAUCCAGCCCCUGGUUCCCACUGUUUAAUUCAAACAAUUUAAAACACAGGUGUGAGUAUUGGGCAGAAUUUGCCCCAAAACACCACAAUACUCUUGGAUAUCACUACAGUAGAGUCUCACUUAUCCAACGUAAACGGGCCGGCAGAAUGUUGGAUAAGCGAAUAUGUUGGAUAAUAAGGAGAGAUUAAGGAAAAGCCUAUUAAACAUCAAAUUAGGUUAUGAUUUUACAAAUUAAGCACCAAAACAUCAUGUUUUACAACAAAUUUGACAGAAAAAGUAGUUCAAUAUGCAGUAAUGCUAUGUAGUAAUUACUGCAUUUAUGAAUUUAGCACCAAAAUAUCAUGAUAUAUUGAAAACAUUGACUACAAAAAUGCGUGGGAUAAUCCAGAAUGUUGGAUAAGCGAGUGUUGGAUAAGUGAGACUCUACUGUACUUGUCACCAUCUUGAGGACGAGUGCAAAGGAAAUCAAGAGUUUGGGCUUGCUGAGAUGUGUGCGCAGGGGCUUCUGGUUCCCAGACCAUUGCCCAUCCAUCACCAAACUGCAAAUCCUAAAAUGCAAUCAUGUUCGUUCAAUGUAUUUGAACACUUAAAAUCUCCUUUUGCUGUUGUCAUACUGUGAAGAUCAGCUUGUGAAAAUGAUACUUGUAAAUAAAUGGUUGUGUUGUUUUGUUACCAGUUUUGACAGCCGAACAUAAGCUGUCAUUCAGGACCCAUCCCCUUGCCUUGAUCAAGUUUUCAAAUGUGUUGUGAAGCAAAGAAAUUAAUAGUGGAGAAGAAAUUUGGUCCCUCUUCUGUCAUUUCUCCAGUUCCAGUUAUUUUAAUUUACUCCAAUAAUUUAGCUAGUAUUAAUAUGCAGUUUAGUUAUUAAAGCUAUGGGAGCUUUCUGUAGAAUCCCAGAGAUGGAAGAAAUUGCAAAGGCCAUCCAGUCGAAUCCUCUAUCAUGCAGAAAAGUACAAUCAAAGCACUCCUGACAAAUGACCUUCUGUGGGCUCAUUGGUACCCUUUGGGUUCAGGUAGACAAUCAAUUAUUAUUUUGUUCACUGUGUUAAAGAUUUACCAAUAUGUUUAAAAUUAUUUACAGACAUAGUAGCUUACUUGAUUCACUGCCAUUUAAUUCAGAGCUCUCUUUAUCCAGAAUAACAGAAAAGUAAUUAUCUUGAUUUGUGAGGACAAAAGAUCAGAGGUUAAUCAGUAAAAUGAUAUUGCAAAAUUAAAAAGGAUGAACAAUUUGCACAUAACAUGGAUUGAUUACCAAAAGAAGUUUUUGAUUCUUUGUCAGAUGUGUGGAUUGAAAUAUGUAUUGACAUUUUAGGGAUCUGCAUGAAAUCAGAAAAUUCCCCUUAACUGUAAUGAAAUCUUGAAACAUGCUAACCCUACAUUGAUGGAGUUAAUAUUAAGCACAGAAUUAUGAUUCCUUAUUUACCUAGUUAUUUGCUAUUUCAGCAGUAAAAUAUCAAAGCAAGUUAGAAAAAUGUAACAAUUUGUUCUGUAAAAUUAUAAAAACCUAUAGCUGUAAUUGAAUCCAUGUUAAAUGCUGUAGUAAUUUAGUUAAGCAUGUUCAGUAGAUGUUGAAGUUUACAACUAUUAUUACACCAUCAGCAAACUUGGGUAAAAUUGUUGAAUCAGAAAGAAUAAAACUGAUGAGAAUAUCAUUAAAAACCUCAAUAAAGAUGAAAAUUAUAAA